AUGACAUCAAAUAAUGGCCAAGAUAGCUCGAAACAGAACAGAAGUUCUAUUGAGAAAUUGCGAGUCUUGAAUAAAGCCAAAGAUCAGCUUGAGCGACUUUUAAAUGUUGCCGCAAGUCACAUUCUAGCUACAAACAUCGGCCAGCCGACAGCAAACAUAGAUGCUCAGUGGAUAAAUGAACAUGGUAAGUGGAAUGACCUGACGACGAAGAUGACAAGGAUCGGCUGCUCCCCAUUUACCACUCAGCUUCCAAGAAGGCUAGUAAAUGCAGAUGCAGGCAAACGUCCUGGAACGGUCUUGGUUUCCCAACAAACUUCAUCGACAAGUAAUCCACAAGUUAAUACCGGAAUGCGCAAGAAUUUUGCCAAGAAAUCAAUGAUACCAAAGUCCGAUGAUUUAGAAAAUAACAAAGAAACAAAGUUUUUUGCAAAGAAAUCCAUGAUACCAAAAGAAACACUUGAUUCAACUCAAGCAGAAUCAUCCUUUUCUGGAUCUAUGGGAACGUCAAAACUACUGAGCGUAGAAAUAGACGAAAAUAAGCAUUUAAUGCGAGAAGCUCUAGGGCAGCGACCUUAUAUGGAAAAGCCAAGAGCGCCGGUGACACCGAUAUAUGCUACAUUUAGUGUGGAGAAUUGGAACCCAGUUAAUUUCGAGUUUAUUGCUGAGUUACCGGAACAGUUUAUUACUAAACCAAGUAAACAACCUCCAAUAAAUAGACGUAUAGAAGGGUCAAAAAAGACGUCAAAGUCCUGGAUCCCUCCAGUGCACACGGGCUUGCCUGAACAUGCAGAUUGUAAUAGGUCUUCUUCAUUCACAAAUGAGCAUACAACGCCUAAUGACACUAUCGUUCAAAGCAGUUCGACAGCAGGUAUAGCUGCGACCAAUGAUUCUAAUGAACUCCCACCUGCCACUGAUUUGCUAUGUGAAAUAGUCCCUUUAGAGGUCGUUGGCUCAUUGAGGGAGUCUUCUACCAGUAAUGAGCCGCCUGAGAGAUCUAUUUCCCCACAAAAACUGUCACCCUGUAAGGAUGCGCACUUACGGGAAGGAGAUGCGCUUGUUGUUGACGAAGAUAGUCAGACAGAAAUUGGAAGUCAAGACAGUCAUAGAUCAACUGUUGAGAAUUGCGACUAUCAAGGGAGGAACGCGAUGAGUGAAGAUGGUCAUAGUGACAGAAACGACGAUGAUCAUGAUAGUGAAGUCACCAGUUUGGGAGAAAGUGAAGAUAUGGGAGUUGACGUUGAUUCAACAUUAGUGUCCUCUCGUACAGCUUGCGAAGAUGAUUAUUUCGCUGAAGAUAUUGAAGAAAUGAUUAAGCUGGAAUUAAAGGCUACUCAGCAAGAAAUGGAUGAACGUAUUCGAUUGAGAUAUGAACGGAUUUUUGAAAAAUCAGACAAUAAAUGUGCAAGAAAAAAAAUCACAGAUAGUGGUGAUACAGUGCAGAAGACGUUAUUAAGAAGAGAGUUACGUGGUAUAUCGUCUUGUGCCCAAGCACGUCUUGGAAUACAGAGUCUAUUUCAAACAUUACAGUUAGCUUUGGUAUUUCACGAAGCAAGUGGAAGUGUAGUCGACAUUGCAUUCUGCGAAGCCGAACGUAAAACUCGUGUUGCAAUUUGCUGUGCAACAAAUGAUAAUCCAGAUUAUAACACUGAAGGCAACCUGAAAUUUUACGAUCCGACAUCGAGUACAUUGUAUCAUUUCCUUGGCCAUCAUUCGAAAUCUCGGGCUGGUGUUGCUUGCUUUGAUACGGUAACUGAUGCUAAAUUCUCACCUGAUGGAAGAGUAUUGUUGGCUGCAGAUGACAAAGGACAGUGCAUACUAUGGGAUACAUCCUGUGGAAAGUCAACCGGCCAUCUACAUGGAAGCGACAAUUGUCGUGAUAUAAUCAAUCGUGUUGCUGUGCGUGCAACACCCAUCUCAACCCACUACCAAUUUGCCUCUUGUCUAUCAUCGGGCAACGUCAAUCUUUUUGACGUUACCCCUAAACGUAAUUCUUAUAGUCUUCAACGUCGAACCAGUUACGACGAGAAAGACAACCGUGUGGCAAGUGACAUUCUAUUUGGCCGCCAUCGGUGCGCCGAUACUAUAAUUGUGGGAUACAACGGUAAAGGAAAUAAGGGUGGCGGAGUAGUGAGGGUGUGGAAUAUUGAGCGAAGGAAGGUAAUGAAGCAGUUCGCAAAAGCCCAGAGAAGUGUUUCAUGUAUUGCUGUAGCUCGUUCAGGGUCAUUCGGAGUGUGUGGAACUAGUGGGGCUAAUGCCAAAGAAGUAGGAGAUGGUAGGAUAUGGCUGUACGAUCUGCCAGAUAGUGAUCCCAUCGCCUCAGCUGCGACCACCGAAAAAGAUGCGACUUUAGUCUCAAUCAGUCCGAACGAGAGUUAUGUUGCGGUCGGUGGUGCGAACAAUAUUGUAGAAGUAUAUGACACCCGUUUCUUUGACCGAGUUCUCGCCACUCUGCCUCAUGUAAAAUCGUCUAUAGAUGGCGGUGACGGUAUAGAGGCCAUUCAGUGGCCUAGCGGGCACAUGAUAUUAUCUGGAGGCGAAGACGGUGUGAGAAUAUGGGACCUGGCCAAGUCAGGGUCAGAAAUGUUAGUGAAGAGUUUUGAGUGCUUUGAUGGGAAUGUGGGAGCAGUCGCAUUGUCUGAGAAUAUGGAUUUCAUGUGUGUUGGCAGUAGUACUGGGAGUGUAUACGUGUUCACGGUUGAUGAAGAGAAAGCUAUGAAGAUGCGAGAAAGAUUUUCAAUAAUAAGUAGGUGA